ACAAUAGUCAGGCGAGCCCAAAAAGGAGCUUUCUUGAAAUGAUAAACAGUUAAAACUCUCCUAAUUUGGUGCACUAAUUUGCGCACUUCUCACUGGAAUCUUAACAAGAAUUCCCCUAAGAUACACCAAAUCUCAAAUGCUUAAAGCUUUUUCUUUUCCUUCGUUAGUUUACCCUCCAUCAGUACUAGCUCCAAGGUAUGUCGUAAAAAUGUCAGCAAUAGCUACCAAGAAUACAGGAAUUGCAGCUGAAUCGUUAGGAGUCAAGCCUCCUGCACAUCCCACUUAUGAUUUGAAGGGAGUUAUCGAACUUGCCCUAUCUGAAGAUGCUGGUGACCUAGGGGAUGUGACUUGUAAGGCAACAAUUCCAGUGGAUAUGGAAGUAGAAGCUCAUUUUCUGGCAAAGGAGGAUGGUAUUAUAGCUGGAAUUGCCCUUGCUGAAAUGGUAUUCAAUGAGGUUGACCCCACCCUGAAGGUGGAUUGGUCCAGAAAGGAUGGUGACAAAAUCCAUAAAGGCCUUCAAUUUGGCAAAGUACAUGGGAGGGCUCACAGCAUUGUUGUAGCUGAAAGGGUUGUACUAAAUUUUAUGCAGAGGAUGAGUGGAAUAGCAACCCUAACUAAGGCCAUGGCAGAUGCUGCACACCCUGCAUAUAUUUUAGAGACAAGAAAGACAGCUCCAGGUUUACGUUUGGUGGAUAAAUGGGCGGUAUUGAUAGGUGGUGGCCAGAAUCACCGAAUGGGUUUAUUUGACAUGGUGAUGAUAAAAGACAAUCACAUAUCCAUUGCUGGUGGGGUCCCUAAUGCUCUAAAAUCUGUUGACCAGUACUUGGCAAGUAAUAAUAUUCAAAUGGGAGUUGAGGUUGAAACUAGGACACUUGAAGAGGUGAAUGAGGCGUUGGAUUAUGCUUCUCAGUCAAAGACAUCCUUGACUAGGAUAAUGCUGGAUAACAUGGUUGUCCCUCUACCUCAUGGGGAUAUAGAUGUAACCAUGCUCAAAGAGGCUGUUGAGCUCAUUAGCGGAAGAUUUGAGACUGAGGCAUCUGGGAAUGUGACUCUUGAGACUGUACACAAGAUUGGACAAACUGGCGUAAUGUAUAUUUCUAGUGGUGCACUAACACAUUCUGUGAAAGCACUCGACAUUUCCCUGAAGAUCGAUACAGAGCUUGCGCUUGAAGUAAGCCGGCGUACAAAACGAGGAUGAGAAUGCUUGCAGUUUUUUAUUUAUUUUUGGUUUACAAGUUCAGUAACUAAAGUUCUGGGGACGACGGAUUGCAAUAUUCCCAGGCUGAGUCAUAUUUUGUUGUAGCGUAACAUACAUCAUCAGGUUAGAUUAUAAAACAUUGUCGUAGAAUUGUUCCAAUGUGAACUCUUCUGUGUUAAAUCUAACUGCACUUGCUCAUACUU